AUGGACCUCGGAAACGGCAGAACAAUCCGGUUUUGGGAGGAUAGCUGGCUACCUAAUGGGGUGUUGAAAGAUUUGUUUCCUAGACUCUACUCGGUAUCAACCCUUACCGGUUCAGUGGUAGGCGAGUGCGGGUUUUGGGAUGGUUUUGAAUGGAUUUGGAGUUUCCAGUGGAGGCGGGCGUUGUUCCAAUGGGAGUUGGAUUUAGUUAACCAACUCCAUGAGACUUUACGCACAAUGAAGCCCAUAGAUGCGAGAGAGGAUAGCGUGGUGUGGAAGUUUGAUAGAACAUGUGUGUUUUCAACUAAGUCCUGUACCCAGGCGCUGCAUGCGGAAGUUCUACCUGAGGAAAUCACAAGCUAUAGUUUCACAAGUGCGGUUUGGAAAGAUUUCGUCCCCCCGAGGAUUGAGUUGUUGUCCUGGUUUAUGUUGAUUGAAAGGGUGAAUACUAAGGACCGACUGGGUAAAUUACAUGUCAUUGAUCAGAAUGACACUUUGUGUGUGCUAUGUUGUAAGUCUGAGGAAACUGCCUUUCAUCUGUUUCUUGGUUGUGGGAUUACAUGGCAGGUGUGGUGUGCUUGGCUACUUGCCUUGGGGAGGAGUUGGUGCUUGUCAGGUACUCUAAAGGACCACUUUGAAAGCUGGACGACUGUAGCAGCACGGAAAGUGGAUAGAAAGAGGUGGUUCAUGGGGUUCUUUGCUGUUGUCUGGACAAUCUGA